AAGCAGAGACUCAAUAGCAAUAUCAUUUCUAUUAAAAUUAUGUCCACACUUCAAUCAUCUUCUUGUUCUUCUGCUAUUCUUGAGCACCUGGAAGAAAAUGGACCACAUCAAGAAUGCAAAGACGUCUGCAUAUCUUCCCUGCCGAAGGAGAAAAGCCAACUUAGUCUGUACGAUGGAUAUUGGAUCCCAACAUGGUCCAUGCCAGGAGUUCUAGCAUUCCAAAAAUACUUUCAAGCUCGUGAGACUGAUAUCCUUUUGGUGACCCCUCCCAAAGCUGGUACUACUUGGUUUAAGGCCAUCUUGUUCGCCUUGGUGAACCGGAUGCGUUAUUUAGACCUUCAAGAACAUCCUUUGCUCACAAACAUCUCUCAUGCUCUUGUGCCCCUACUGGAUGUAGAUAUCUACAAUAAAAAAAAGGUUCCAGAUCUCAACUCUUUUGCAUCUCCAAGACUUUUUGCAACUCAUUUACCUUUUGAUUUGCUACCAACAUCUGUGAAGGGCUCAUCGUGUAAGAUUGUGUAUGUUUGUAGGAAUCCUAAAGAUAAUUUUGUGUCACUUUGGCACUUCAUGAAUAGGGUGUAUUCAACCACUAACUCGCUUGAAGAAGAUUUUGAUAAGUUUUGUAGGGGAGUGAGUUUAUAUGGUCCUUAUUGGGAUCAUGUUUUGAGUUAUUGGAAGCCAAUCAUAGAAAAGCAAGCUCAAAAGAUACUUUUCUUGAAGUAUGAGGAAAUGAAAGAGCAACCCACCACCCAUUUAAAGAGGAUAGCUGAGUUCUUGGAGUGUCCAUUUUCUCCAGAAGAAGAUGCAAAAGGGCGUUCGAGUGAACUCAGGCAGAUUACACCGCUCGACCCUCGCUCAACAGGGCGCUUGAGCGAACUUAGGCAGAUUGCACCGCUCGACUCUCGCUCAACAUGAAACUCAAGCGAACUCAAGCAGAUUGCACCGCUCGACUAUCGUUCGACACUGAGCUUGAGUGAACUUAGGCAGAGUGUGCCGCUCAACGCUGAGCUUGAGCGAACUCAGGCAGAUUGUGCCGCUCGACCUGCGCUCGAUACUUCACUUAAGCCAAUGUUCCAGAUCACUUACAAUUUGGGGUUUUGAAGUGCCUCAUUUGAUUGGAGCUAUAAAUAGAACAACUUGACUUCUGUUCUAAGGGUGGAGAAUCAUAGCAAAAACCCUAAGGGCCUCCAAGAACUUCUUAGAGCAACCUCUCCCCUAUUUGGUUGAUUCUCUUUUGGCAAAACACUUAUCCACCACAACAUACCCAAAAUCAACUCUUACAUGAGUCUAUUGAAGUGGACAUAUUUGUAGGCCUGAAGAGUCCGGAGCUGUUGUUGAUGCAGAGAUCGAGAAGUUUUCAUGGGAAGCUAUAGAAAGGUCGGAGUUUCGACACUACAUGCGUGUAGAGAUCGAGUGGAUCACUCGUGGCGUUGCAAUCCAAGUUUAGCUACUAAAAAGGUUUUGUGAGUGUCUCUAAAUUGGUUGUAACAAACUAAAAUUUCUAUAGUGAAUUUGAGAUGGUGUCUUACACCCAGAGUAGUUUUAGAUUUUGAA